AUGCUGUGUAAAAUUAUUUUGUGUUUACUGCCUGUUGCAUUUGCGCAAGUUCCUAUACCUCACAGACCUUUAGGGUUUGUGUACGGAUGGGGAAACGCCAGCGCUCCGGUAGAUCUAGAUGUAUACAUUGACAAUCUGUGUCCAGACAGUGCGGAAACAUUCCCAACAAUACAGAAAGUAGCGGAUUACUAUGGCCCAAAACAACUCAGACUUCAGAUCCAUCUCUUUCCGUUACCAUAUCAUCAUAAUUCAUUCUUAAUUGCAAUGGGAACACAUGCUGUUGACAAGCUGACGAAAACGAAUAUGACAUAUACCUGGAUACAACAAAUUUACAACAAUAUUGUCAAAUUCUCAGAUGUGACAUUAACACAGGCACAAGUAGUAACGAAAAUGACUGAACUUGCAAAAAGCAUGGGCAUGUUAGAAACAGAAUUCUUGAAAUUGGCAACUGAUGAAAUGGUAAAUGAAGAUUGCAGAAUUGCAUGGAAGUACGCAUGCUCAAGAGGAGUAACUGGAACACCUACGUUCAUGGUUAACGAUGUAGUUGUAGCCGCAGACCCUGCCUGGACAGUAGCCGAAUGGAACAAAGUCGUCGAUCCUUUACUAAAAAAAUCAUUGCGGGUAUCACGAACAAGUGACUGUACCGGUAAAAAGAGAUGUGAAUAUCUUCCUGGGAAAAUAGAGUGUUGUAAACCGGGAGAAGCUUGUAUACCAAACGUUGGAUGUCGCUGCUGAUCGACAACUAUCAAUCGGCAAAACUCGGCAAACUUCGGUACCCUACAAUAGACUUGUGUAAUAUGCCGAAGUGUGCCGAAUAUGACAACUUAGUCUCAUAUUUUAUAAAAAUGAUUUUAAGCUAUUGCAUCGCUUAUCCGUUCAUCAUUUGGAGAUUAUAUACUUUAAACAAUUAUGACCAUUGUAGUAUUAUUUCGCUCAAAUAUCAUUUUUUUAUUCAUUUACGUUUUGUACAUUCUUUUUUCACACCAGUCAUACAUGUAGUUCUGUCGUAUGAUGGUCUGCUGUUGUCUGUCAGUAAGCGACUGUCUGUUGGUUCGUCUGUCCACACCUUGUACAAGAACUGGCCAUUGCUUUGAUCAAAUUUCUUUUUGAUGAGAUAUUUUUAUUGAUGACAGAAAGCUCAGUUUCGAUUUCGUUCUCUAACUCGAGUAUUCUAAGCUUUAUAUACCUGAAACUUUACACUGUUGAUUGGAUUAGUGAAAGUAGACAACCUUACGAUAUCAUAAAUAAGAUGCUUAUCCAUUUUAUUUGACUUUUCCAUGGUAAAUUUAAGGCAAUAGUUCAAUACCUAGAAUUAUUUUAUUCUCCUGCAGGACCAUGUAAUAACUUUUAGUUAAAUAUUUUUUAUUUUUUCCCCUUUUUUAUUGCUUCAUUGAAAAUAUGAAUACACAUACGAAAGUCGCAACUUGUGAUCCUGUUGCAUCUGGUUGUUGUUUAUUUUUUUACAAUGUUUCACAGGAAGAAUGACAUGUAGCUUACAUUAUCCUUAAACUUCAUGUUCCACUUUAAUACAUCUCGUUAAAUAAUUCAAAUUGUGGUGACUACGUUGAACUUAUAUAGCCUAUCGAAUUCGAAAUAAAGGAUACCACAAAUAUGAUUAAGUCUGCCUCCUGUCUUGACUUACAAAAAGAAAUUGACAAUGAAGGUAUGUUUAAAACAAAACUUUACAACAAUAAAGAUGAUUUCAGCUUUCAAA